AUGGGUUCGUCGCAGCCCGAUUCUGAUCCCUUCCAAAUGCCCUUCGGAUAUUCCGUCGAUGGCACCCAAGAGCCCAUCUUUGAUGCCCCCGAACCUGCGCCUGGGGCCCCCUUGCUUAGCGAAACUGAUAGCAAGUUCUUGAAUGAUUUUUUCGACGACAUGACCGCGAAUCAGUACAAUAUGCCUUCUUUCGGCGAAGGCCUGAAUUAUCAUGCCUUGUUCGACCUGCCUCCACAGCUUAUGGGGACAGCAACUUCAUAUGGCUCUCAGCCGGCGACGCCUCUCGGCCACGAAUCGCAUUUAGACUUCUCGAUCGAUUCACAUAACACGCAUGGAUCUACGUCUGGAUCACACCUUAUGCCACCACCACCGCCACCACCGCCGCCUCAUCCUCACCCUCACUCCCAUCCUCAUCCUUCUCAACCAACUUCUUACCAACAACACCCCUCUGAUGAUGUCUUGAACGCCGCCGCCACGUUGAUGCAAAACGGACCUGGGUUACGCGGAGCCCACAAAAAUAACGACCCAUCUGCUUCACGGCGAUCUCUUGGCCCUCCAGUUGGUCACCUCCGCCACCAACCCCUUGAAGAGUUCAGGGAAGAGAGCCGGAGAGGCAUGGUGCAAUCCGAAGUGGACAAUACUUUCACAGAAUGGAUGUGGGGUUCAAAGGGACGCCAAAAUUCCGCUUCUCGACCUAUCUCUGUAGAUUACCAAUGGGGAUCUGAUUCCAACUUUAACCUCGGGCAGGGUUACACACCCGAAGCGAACAAAGAAACGGUCGAGACGAUGCAGCAAGAACAGCUCAAGUGCCUCGAGUGCCUGGAACCCAGCCAAAGCGCCGCGACAACCCGUCCAAGCAGUCCAACAAAUAGCCAGUCUACGUUUGCGUUAGGCAUGCAUCGAGAUACAUCAGAAACAAGAGAGAAGCCAGGUGAUGACGGUGCACCUCCUCGUAAGAGGCGAAAGAGCAAAAUCAAGAAGGACACUGGAGACGAUGACGAUAAUGAAAGUGCCAACGGGAUCAAGUCCGCUGCAGCAAAGCGAAGGAAAGCAAAGGGAGAACGAAAUGGGUCCGUCUCAUCACCUCCUUUGGACACUAGCACAGGCGGUAAGCGGCGGAAGUCAAACGUGAAUGGAGUCAAGCCGGCAAGAGAAAACUUAUCGGAAGAGCAAAAGCGAGAAAACCAUAUUCGAAGCGAGCAGAAGCGUCGAACCCUGAUAAAAGAAGGUUUCGACGAUCUGUGUGACCUUGUUCCCGGGCUAAAAGGCGGUGGCUUCAGCAAAAGCACUAUGCUGACAAUGACGGCGGAGUGGCUAGAGGAAAUACUGCUGGGAAAUAGAGAGCUAGCUGCUCAGCUUGCCGCUCUUGAAGGACGAUGA